CUAUAUCUGUGUACUGAACUCAAAUUUUUUUAAGUUUACAAAAUAUGUAAUCUAUAUUAUAAAAGGUUUUAAUCUUAAAAGUUUCAUUGUGUCUAGUUAUUCUGCAGUUUUUUUUUUUUAUAUAAACACUAUAAAGUAUAAAUUUCAGUCAUGUAGUUAACUAAAUUGGUCAUUUAAUUUUAUAUUAAUUUACUCAAAGACUGAUUAUUAUGGGUGACUCAAUACCUAAUGUCUCAAAACACAAAAUUAUUAUAAUUGGUGCUGGAAUAGCUGGAUUAGCAGCAGCUACUCAUCUCUCACAACAUGAUAUGAAUGAUUAUAUAAUAUUGGAAGCACAAAAUCGUAUAGGUGGUCGUAUUUAUAGUGCCAAUAUAAAUGAUCAACAAGUAGAACUUGGAGCCAAUUGGAUUCAUGGUAUACUUGGAAACCCAAUGUAUGAAUUAGCCUUGGCUAAUGGAUUAAUAGACAUUACUCAUCGUCCUAAAAUGCCCAGGAUAAUUGCUGCUACUACCAAUGGAACACAAAUUCCAUUUACAUUACUUCAAGAAACCUAUGGAGCUUAUAUGUGUUUUUUAAGACGAUGUGAAGAUUAUUUUACUGGUGAAUUUGAUCCACCUCCUGGUAUUCAGAGUGUUGGAGAGCAUGUCAAACUAGAAAUUGCAAUUUAUUUAGAGAGAGUGCAAAAUUCUACUUCUCGUAAACUUCAACAACUUAUAUUUAAUUGUUUAUUAAAAAGAGAAUCAUGUAUUACUGGAUGUAAUAAUAUGACAGAUAUUGACCUUGUUGAGCUGGGAAGUUAUAAAGAGCUACAAGGGGGAAAUAUCGCCUUACCUAAUGGGUACAGCAGUAUUUUAGACCCUAUAUGCAAUAAAUUACCACCUAAUUGUGUUAAAUUGAAUUCUAAAGUAAUAAAAAUCAAAUGGCCUUCUGGUAUUGAUAAUGCUGCAGAUUCAGAUGAUUCUGAUAAGACUAUUAUUGAAGUUGGUGGUGAUGAUGUCACUGAUGAAACAAUUUAUGUUCAUUGCGAGAAUAGUGUUUAUUCAGCCGACAGUAUUAUAUGUACUCUUCCAUUAGGUGUUCUGAAGUCUUCAGAUAUAUUUAGUCCAAAAUUACCAAAAUAUAAAGAAAAGUCUAUUGGAAGAUUACUUUAUGGCGUUGUUAAUAAGAUAUUUUUAUAUUAUGACCGUCCUUUUUUAAAAAAAGAUGUAGAUGAAAUAUUGUUACUGUGGGAUGAUGAUGAAAAAAAUGAUUGGUGUAAAAAAAUUUAUAGUUUUUCAAAAAUUAAUGAUACCUUAUUACUAGGAUGGAUAAGUGGUGUAGAAGCAGAGACUAUGGAAAAACUGGAGGACAAGAUUGUUGGAGAAAAGUGUACUGAGUUAUUAAGACAGUUUUUAAAUGACUCUUGUAUUCCUUUUCCAGUUUCAUGCAUAUGCACUCGAUGGAAAACAGAUGAAUUUAGCCGUGGCUCUUAUACUGCUAUUGGAGUAGGUGCUAGUCAAUUGGAUAUUGAACACAUUGCAAGGCCAAUGCAUGUUAAUCACAAUAAAAUUCCUAUUAUUACAUUUGCUGGAGAGCAUACACAUCCAAAUUUUUAUUCAACAGUUCAUGGAGCAUACUUAUCAGGACGUGCAGCAGCUGAAAUGUUACUGAUUUCUAAACGUGAAGAUCGUCCACUUGAAUGUGCUGAUUUAGAUAUAAGUUCCUGGAUACAAGGCUUACCUUUAGCAUAAAUGUUAUCUGUUUUUCACUGUUUAAUUUAUUUGUUUUACCAAAAUGUGAUAUUAGGUAUUAGUUAUUAGAAGCUAACAUUAGUUAUGUAAUGUCUUAUUUGAGAUUGAAAAUAUCAGCUUCCUGCCAAGUUAUGUUUUUUUAAUGUAUACAAUUUUUGAAAAAUUGAACCUUAAUUCAUGGACACAUACAAUUUUUGACUACUUAAAAUGAAUUACAUUUUUUUUAAUCUAUGAAUAAUUUGAGAAUUUUUAAUAGGUUUCUUCUGUUUCUUUAUUAAAUGCUUUGUAAAUAUUGUUCAAUAAAACAUACUAGUCUACAAAUAUGA